AUGUGGCUCACCAGAGUCCUCUCCUCGACCACCUUCCUGGGCGCCAUAAUCUUCACCAUCCCCUUAGCAUUCGACAUUGGCGGCCGCACCUGUGGCCUUGCCUUUUCCCUCUCCCUUAGCGUAUACUACUUCCUCUACUCGUCGCUGCGCCUGGCCACACCCGACACCUCGAGGCUCCGAUGGGCCCUGUGCAAUAUAAUAGCGUGGGCACAAUGGCUGGCAAUCCCCACCCUGUUGAUCUGGAGCCUGAACAAGUUCUCCAUCGACGCGAGCAGCAACUCCGGCUGGGUGGAGCGCACCUUUGGCGGCCGGAGAUCAGACUUCAAGACGGUGAAUGAGUGGAUCUUUGGAAGCCAAGGGCUGCUACAGAGUGCCUCGAUAGCCGCCUGGGACAAGACGCUGAGGUACAGCACUCCGGUCUUUCAGAUUGCAGAGGGCUUCUGCAGCUUGUUGGUCAUCCAAGCCGCUGGCCAGAUCACACGAUGGGUGGUGAACCGCGAGCGCGGCGACAGCUGGAUGAUCGGCCUCCUCGUCACCUCCGCAUCCAUCAUCUCCACCUCUGUCUAUUUCCUCUGGCGCAUCACCACCUUUCCCGAAAUCAGCAACGUGGAUGCCAUCCUCAUCGGCGCAGCCAUCACCACCGCGAUAUUUCUUGGCGGAUGGGGCAUCGUCAGUGCUCGGGGCAACCCCGUCGAGUCCUCGUUGCUGUUCGCGUACGUGACCCUUUGCAUAUACCAGAUCUUCACCGACUACCAGCCGUCGCCUGGCUCUAUUGCCGCAGCGAACGCCUACUCUGAGCCCGCUCUUCCUCCGCUCCCACCCAUCAUUAUGGCCUCCUAUACCACGCUUCUUCACGCUCUGGGCUCUCUUCCCACUAUUGCCCACACCGGCUUCAAUCUCAUGGUCGGCGCCAUCAUGACCAUUACCCCUUCGGUCAUCAUUUCUCUCGCCUAUCGCGUCUUCGUCAUGUACGCAGCCGCGCGCAUAAUCCCAGCCAUAAGAGAGAGCGGUGCCAGAGCCCUCUCACAAGAACCAAGCCUGGACGAUGACGACGAGACGUCCAAAAUCCUUGGCUUCCUAACUUGGUUCAGUCCGAGUAUCAUCAUCGCCGUCUACACCAGUCUGCUCAUGCAGCACUUUGCCAGCGGAAACGGCACCAAUGGCAGUGCUGCGACAGGGGAAUGGUGGACCACCCAAGGAGGCGACGCGGGUGGGAACAUGUGGCGAUGGGUCAACCUCGCCCUCACCAUGGGCUUGUAUGCCAUUGAAUUGAAAAUCUCUAAUGCUGACGACGAUGGCCGGUUGACAAGUCACUGGAAAACAGACUAA